UCCAAAAUGAAAUCGAAGUGGUCUUUUGAAGUCCGCAAAUUGUCAGAUUUUCAAAAUAUGAAGUAAUUUAAUAAUGAUUUACAAGCUGAUUGUGUAGUAUUUACCAGAUGUAAUUGAAUAUAUAUACAGCUGAAGUGUUUUUGAUUGUUACGUGAUUAUUUUUUUUACAAGCACCGGAGUUGGAGGUUAUGAAAUAAGAAUCGCCCUUUAAAAACAUAUUUAUGUUUAAGCUAUACAACAGAAUUACGUAAACUAUGUCGAGAAUACUGCACAAUCGCAUAAGGUCUUCAUUUACGAAGUCUCCAGUAUGGUCAUGUGUGGACAAGCGAGCCGUCGCGUUCUCAGUGUGGACGGGGCGCAGCUUGCUUCUCCGCAAGCCAGUGGACACCAGUCAUGUCCAGAAGAGGAAGUAUGGUAUGCUGGUGGCCCGGGCGGUCCGGGGACUGCUCAAGAUCAGAUAUCUGGUGCUGGGAGGCGCCGUGGGUGGAGGGAUGACGUUAAAUAAGAAAUACAUAGAAUGGAAGGACGGCCUCCCUGACAUGGGUUGGGUUAAUGAACUGCUCCCUGAUGAGAAGCAGUGGAACCAGUUCACCACAACACUCCUCAAUGCUAAGGAGAAGAUUGGAGAUAACCUCAACAUUGGUGAGCCGUUGAUGCUUGUCGCAGAUCCGCGCCUCCGCGACGCCGGGCUCGCUCGGGCUGCGGAGCUCAAGGAGUGGCUGGCUCAGCGGUACGAAGACGCUGUGGCGGCCGCUGCUGUCAACAACCAGAACAAUAUCGAGACGGCUCCGAAGAUCGUGAACAACCUGCAGAGCAAGCCUGUUCAGACACCGCCGACGGGUGGUGGCAGCCGAUCCGACGAUCGUACUUAUGAAAAACGCGUCCACGCGCUCCAAGAAGAGGUCCUAGCCCUGCAGGCUCGCUACCAGCGCGAGCUACAGAGACUUGAACAGGAGAACAGAGAGCUGCGACAACAGAACAUGCUGCUCAGACAGGGGAGGCAGCCGCCCCCUAGGAAGAUCAAGCGCUCCCUAAUCGACAUGUACUCAGCCGUCCUAGACGAGUUAUCCGGCUGGGACGCCGGAGAGACGGACCGUCUGCCACGGGUCGUGGUGGUCGGAGACCAGUCUGCGGGCAAGACUUCCGUGCUGGAGAUGAUCGCUCAAGCGAGGAUAUUCCCGAGAGGAGCUGGCGAGAUGUGCACACGAGCCCCAGUGAAGGUGACCUUAUCAGAAGGCCCGUACCACGUGGCGCAAUUCAGAGACUCGGCGCGCGAGUUCGACCUCAACAAAGAGUCUGACCUCGCGGACCUGAGGAAAGAAGUGGAGCUUCGUAUGCGUAACAGCGUACGCGGCGGGCGCACGGUUUCUACCGAAGUUAUCUCCAUGUCUGUCAAAGGGCCCGGGAUACAGCGCAUGGUUCUAGUCGAUCUGCCUGGCGUUAUUUCGACGCAAACUGUGGACAUGGCUUCAGAUACGAGGGACGCUAUCAAACAAAUGAGCAAACAAUACAUGGAGAAUCCAAAUGCAAUCAUAUUGUGUAUACAGGACGGAUCAGUAGACGCCGAGCGAAGCAACGUGACCGACCUAGUCUCAUCCUGCGACCCUUCAGGCAAGAGGACCAUCUUCGUUCUCACUAAAGUCGAUCUCGCGGAAGAAAACCUCGCUAAUCCGAACAGGAUUCGUCGUAUCCUGGAAGGCAAGCUGUUCCCGAUGAAGGCUCUUGGCUACUACGCCGUGGUGACUGGCCGGAGUAGGAAGGACGACUCCAUUCAGAGCAUCAGGGAAUAUGAAGAGAGGUUCUUCCGAUCUUCCAAGCUGUUCAAAGAUGGCCUGGUCACUCCAUCCCAAGUGACAACCCGUAACCUGUCUCUAGCAGUCGCUGACUGCUUCUGGCGAAUGGUCAGAGCCUCUGUGGAGCAGCAGGCUGAUGCUUUCAAGGCCAUGAGAUUCAACCUUGAAACGGAGUGGAAGAAUACUUUCCCUAGGCAACGCGAGCUCGAUCGCGACGAGCUCUUCGAGCGCGCUCGCGCCGAACUCCUCGACCAGUCGGCCGAAUUAUCCGCUAUACCGGCCGCCGCCUGGGAGAAGAGGCUCAACAGCGCCCUCUGGACCACUGCGUCUGGCAAGGUGUUCAAUGGGAUAUACCUGCCUAGUGCUGCGACUGCUCAAGAAGAUGUUGCCCUGCGCUCCUGCCUACUACGAGUUAGUAGUGCUCAUCGUGAACAGAGCAAGAAGCAAGAUAACUCGAAAGAGAGAAACGACGUGAAAGAAAGAGAUGACAGUCGAGAUCAGCGACUGGCGUCGAAACACAUGAAGAAGCACGCUAGCGACGCAUCCAUCGGCGGGUUUUGGACGGAUCCGUACGAUAUAGACGCCAACAAAUUCAACACGUCAGUGGACAUUAAGUUGCGAGAAUGGGCGGAGGCGGAGCUACCCAUACAGUCCAUCCAAGCUGGCUUGGACGCUCUGAGGGACGAGUUUGAAGAGGUUAUGGCUAAGGGGGGCGAGGGGGACCCAGUGUUCGACGCACUCAGAAAGGAAGCUGUAGAGCAAGCGCUGAUGAGACAUCGGUGGGAGGACCGGGCUCAAGAUGUACUAAGAGUUCUCCAACUGAACGCCCUUCAAGACCGUUGUGUGGGUACUCGAAGCGACUGGGACAAUGCCGUAGCUCUGAUGGAGCAAGCCCUGAGGGACCAACUCCAAGCUACUGAGAAAGAACUUACUGCGCUCACAGGCCCCGGCUUCAAAGAACGCUGGCUUUACUGGCAGAGCACUAACGACGAGCAGAACCGGCGGGCGGAGGUUCGAGCGGAACUAGAACGGCUGGGAUCAGCCCGACCUAACCUCGCUUACGAUGAACUGGUGGCCGUGAGAGAUAACUUGAGAAGAAAGGGCGUUGAAGUGGAUAACGAAUAUAUUAGGGAGACUUGGAAGCCUGUGUAUCUCAAAAAUUUCCUGCAACGCGCGCAGACGAGAGCUCGAGAUUGUAAGAAGAGCUUCUACUUAUACAGUCAACAGAACGGCAAUGGCAAAGAAUGCUGCGAAGUCGUGAUGUUCUGGCGCGUGCAGCAAACUCUUCGCACCACCGCCAACGCGCUGCGACAACAACUAGGCAACCGAGAGGCGGCCAGGUUAGACCGAGAAUUAAGAGAAGUUCUCGACGAGAUGGCAGCAGAUCCUGAACUCAAGAAGAAACUACUCUCCGGCAGAAGAGUAGAGUUAGCAGAAGAAUUAAAACGCGUCCGGCAAGUUCAAGAACGGCUAGAAGAGUUCAUAGAGGCUCUCAACAAGGAGAAAUAGAUGUAAUAUAAUGUAUAUUGUGGUCACACCAGCGCUGCGUUUAGUAGACGGACAUAAUAUAUGUGGGAAUAGACGUGCAAACUCGAAGAUGUUAAACUAAAAUAGAUCUUUAGAUAUAUCGGUCUUCGUUUACGCUCAAAAGGUUUCAUACAAACUACCUGGGACAUUUUGGGAAACCUAGUGGAUCUUGCUCAGCAUCAUAGACUCUAUCAGCCUACCAAUUUUUAUCAAAAUCAAAGACGUGAUCCAAAUUUACAAACUUUUCGGGAAUUGCUCACAAACCUUCUGGGCGAGUGAGCUCCAUUGUAGGCCACGUCUUCGCCUCGGCUAGUCUGUGGCUAUGAGUAAACCCAUUAAUAAUGAAAAAAAUCCAAUCAAUCAAUUUAUUAUAUAAAAGAGUUGAACUUAAAAAGUGGCAACAUCUUACUUAGUGUCGUCCCUUUCAAAUAGGAAUACGGGAUGAAAUUGCGAUGUUGCCACUUUUUAACUUUUACUCUUUUUUUUGCCAGAUGUUGAUUUUAAAAGUGCAUUUUUAAAAUUUAGCGUUUCAUAUAUUCCUGUCUGGUUUGAGCAUAUGGUACCAUUUUUGACACAAGGGUUAUUUGACUUGUGUCAAAAUACAAGUGAAUGUCCUUCCCAUACUCGCUACAAAAUUAAUCUUAAGCUUGAAAACAACAUAAUUUUGAAAGACCUUUUCACGGCAUAACAAUUAUGACUUUGCACGUCUAUUAUGUUGUCUGUGGUAGAAGCAUUAUGGUUGUAUUGUAAAGUCACUAAUAUAAAAGGGACUGAACCGGUAAAUAUCAUGUUGAUUGUAUAUUUUUACCAUUUUAAUGAUCUAUGUCACAGUAAGGGCCAGUUGCACCAACCACAUUUGACAGACACAUCAUCGUCACGCAUCAGACGUCUAUGGAACUUCCCGUACAGUAAAAUUUAACGAACGCUUUAACGAUGACAGAUGGUUUGAUACAACCGGCCCUUAGUAUCAUUCAUUUUAAAUAUCAUAUUUGAAAAAGCGUAUAUUUUUAAUAUAACCGGUAAAGGUCCCUUAACUUAAGAUUAAGAGACUAAAAUAUCUCCUUCGUUGUUGAUUAUCCGUAUAUACAAUUAAAUUUAUCUCACAAAGAGGUAAAACUAGUACAGUCACUUUUAAAAAUAUCUAUACGAACCGAGUUUAACAAGAACCUUAUUACGGAUGUAGUGUGAAAAGCUUUUUCUUCGUAUUUUACCGGAAACGUUCGUAUUUGUCAUGCUAGUUCAGACAGUGUCAGUGGCAGAUAAACCGUUAGCGGUUUUCGCUCGCUGUUCAAAUGUAAAAAAAAAAAAAGUAUAUAAGUGUUUUUAGAUAAAUAAAUUAAAAAAAAAAAACACAUCUUGUACUAAGACUGACUGAAAUAGCAUGACACGUCUGUAUGUUUCUGUAACAAUACGAACGAAAUUCUUUACGCACCACAUCUGUAAGUAUCGCUAUUGCAAAUUCGAUUGUAUUUUUUUUGCGGUAGGCUCUGAAUCUGAAUACUAAUAUAAUGAAAUGAAAAAUAGUGACAGUACAUAUUUUAGGCCCAUACAAGUAUUUAUUUGCAUUUUGAGCUAUUUGCUUCUGAUUCAUUUCACUAAAACAAAACUAUCUCAUAAUGUCAUGACACGUAAGUCCUAAUUUAUGUAAUACUCUUUUGUGAUUAUACCUUUUCAAUGAAGUGAGAAUGAGAAAAAUGCUGAUAUUACACACUAUAAUGUGUUGGUUGUAAGCUAAAGGUUUACGCCAUAAAUGUGGUACCGUUUCCGUGAAAACCUGACAAUAUUAACGUCUAAGGACUUCAAUGGGGUUACUUAUAAGGGGCAUUUGAACCUGAAUGAUUAUGUUCCCUAGUUAUUAUGUUGCUACAUAUGUUGUAUCAUUUCUUUAUUUAUAUAACUGCUUGUUCUAAGUUAUCUCUUAAUAAAAUGUUACACUGAUA